UUCUCUAAAAAGUUUGUUUAGCGCCACUUGAAAGGUGUGUUAUUUCUCGGUUGAUUACCUUGCUCAAUCAUUUACUCGCUUGUGCAGGCAGUAUUGAAUAAAUAAAUGACCCUUCUAUGGAAUGUUACUGACUUUUAUAGCCUCCUUCCUGGGUUUAAGUACUAUUUGUUUAUUUAUGAAAACGGCUUCUCUGUGUGCUUAUUAUUAUUAUUUUUUAUCAUUUUAUAGGACAUGUUUGAAUGUGUGUACAUAUGCACAAUGCAUUAAUAUUACUCUUUGUUUCUGCAGUUCAACGGGUGAAUGUGUGGAUCCGGCAUCUUGCUGCUGGGAGACAGAUGGAGAAAUACACACAAGCACUGCCACCCCAUUCUCCUCUACAUUCCCCCCAAAGUGAUUCAGAAGCUCUGUCCCGAUCCCCCUCUCGUCCACAGCCUGCCGCUGUUCAGCUUGUGUCCCUCCCUUCCACCCUAUCCACCCCAGCCUCCUGUCUAAACUCAGCCCCUCGGGUGUCUGGAGGGUCACACUGCCUCAGACCCUCCACAGUAUCUGACCAGGAUGACCUGACCUGCCUCAGCUGGCUGCAUCAAAGAGGGAACCUGUUACCCCUGCAGCCACUGCCCAAAAUCACCACACUGCCCCAGACAUUAGACUUGAUUCCUGUCCAACAGCUGCUUUCCUCCCCUGCCAAGCCCCCAUACUCUUUCAGCAGUCUCAUCUUUAUGGCAAUAGAAGAUUCUCCCGAGAAGAGGCUCCCUGUGAAAAGUAUUUAUCAGUGGAUUGUCGACAACUUCCCCUAUUAUAAAGAGGCUCCCGGUGGAUGGAGGAAUUCCGUCCGACACAACCUUUCCUUGAGCAAGAGCUUCCAACGAAUACAUAGAGACAAGAGUCAAUCUGUCGGAAAGGGCUCAUUAUGGCGUGUUUGUCCUGAACAUCGGCCAGCUCUUCUGGAAGUUCUCAGAAAAACACAUUAUUGUCAUCGUACCAACAGUAGCUUGCUGAACAAGCGUGUUUUGUUGGAGGCGACUGAUGAUGGGCAGAACACCUUGGGUGAGAGCUUUUUUUUUUCAGAUCUAGAUUUUCUGUCUUCAAACCUACCGUGCUCUUUGACACCAGAUCACGAGGAGCUGGUCCCCAUGGAGUCUUUGGAACUGACAGAGGUUGCCGGCGAGGAUUUGGAGAAAGAUCCAUUGGCAGACAGUGGUUACAUUGAGUUACACUAUUACCAGUAUCAGCAGUAUCAGUACCUGGUUCUUCCAGGAGACAGUGAGCUGGACCUGGAGUCGGUUGAGAUACUGCAGCUUGAUGCAGAGGCUCAGGAGGCUGCCGGAUCACUGCUUGACCUCGCGGGAGGCAAUCACUGACAGCUUGCCUGUGUGCUGUGUACAAGCAAGGAGGGUUAAUAGGGAGAUGGGGCCACUGUGAGAACUCUAGGCUUGAUGUACUAUUGGCACUUUAUAACUGCCUGAACUUUACUUACUUUCAUGAAAGGUGCAACAUAAGCAAUUCCAAAUAAUCUAGUGAUUUGAAAAGACAUUUGCAGGGACUGACAACAGCACUGUGAGGGUAUCCUUGGUAUUAGUUUAUAAUAGGUAAUAAAGUAUCUGCAGAAUGCUUUCAUAAAGAACAAAAUAUUUAUUGUUUAUUGACAUGGUUGAAAUCUAAUAUUUAAUGCACGUCCAUACCAUUUUUAAGUCCCUUCCAUUAAGAUUACUCUUAAGAUUUGUUGUGUUUUUACUUUCAGAUCAGAGGGAUAAAGUUCUGAUGUGAUUUUUAUUUUAGGUUUACAAUAUGAAAUUAUGAACAUGUUCAAGUAUUACUGAUAUAAACUGCCAGCUGUUAAAUUGGGAAGAUAGAAAGAUUAAUAUCUAAUCCUGAUUUCUUGUUGAUUAUUGUCAUGCUACAGCAUUAUGUAGCUAUUAGUUUUCUGAGUAGUAAGAUGCAUGUC